AUGCAUUGGAAAAACGAGGCAUCAUUAACAAGGGACCAACUUGCCAAUGAGCGGUCCAUCUUGGCCUCGUUCCGAUGUACAUGCACCUCUCUUCUCUCGGGGGCAUCCAUCAUGAUGGCAAUGCUUAACGUUCUUGUUGGCUCGGCAACAAAUUCUGCCCGCUAUAGAACAUUUCUUCAUCAGUAUGUUAGUUUUCUAAAACCAACGGUGGUAUAUCUCAUGUCGGUUGGACUCUUUGUCUCAAUCAAUGGCUUUCUCCGUGGUGUUCGCAAUAUCUUCUCUAUUCCAAAGAGCAGCAUUCACCCUUCGGUUCUUGGAAUGGGUCUUCUCUUUGUCGGUGUUUUUGUCGUCGAUGUCAUUCUUCUCAAGGAAUGUAUUGUUCUAGGAAUAAAGAGCGUUUUGUAA